GAAAACAUUCAGCCUUUGGGGGGCAUCAUAGGGGCUGUGCCAAAACAGCCCUUUUCCAGAGGACAAAGUCGAAGGCCAACUUGGGAAGGGCGUUCCGGCACCUCCAUGGGUGGAGAGAAGUCUCCGACUUCCCAAUGGGGCGUCAGAGGGAGCCUCAACCUCGUGGUCCCCAUCAGGAUUCUGACCAAGAGGCCAGGGGUUCAGGAUGUUUUGGCCCCCAUUGUGAGGUGGGGGCUGCCUUGGAGACCCCAGGACCUUUUCUGCAGGGGGCUCUCAGGAGAUCUUGAGGGGGCAGGAGGAGGAGGGUCGGGGGGACCCUCUGGGGCAACCGAAAACCAACGGGCCCGGAGAGAGGGCAGCCAUCUGGGAGUCGGUGCUCCAGACUUGGGCCACAAUGGAUCCAGCAGAAGAAGACGGGGCCAAUGACGAACAGCCGGAGGCGGCCGUGUCUCUCAAAGCUUGUUUCAGCCAAGGUCUGAAGCAUCUGCAUCAACGGCCAGAACUCUGCGAUGCCACUCUGAUCGCCGGAGGGAAGAGGUUCCCGUGCAACAGGGCCCUCUUGGCCUCCAUCAGCCCCUACUUCCAGGCCAUCUUCACAAGCGGCUUCAAGGAGUCCCGGGACGGGGAGGUCCUUCUGGAGGACAUGGACCCCUCCGUCCUCCAGAAUCUCUUGGGCUACCUCUACUCGGGAGAGCUGGUUUUCAGCCCCGGAAGCGCUGAGGACCUCUUCAUCGCGGCCAGCCGGCUCCAGCUCAGCCCAGCGCUGACACUCAUCAGCAGCGAUCUUUCUUUCCAUUCCCCCCGCCCCGGCAGAUUCCUGAUGGAGAGGAUUUCCCCGGAGAACUGCCUUCGUCUUUACAUGCUGGGCCACGAUCACAACCAGCCCGCCUUGCUGCACGGGGCACUGCGCUACCUGGGCCUCCACUUUGGCCUCCUCUUUGAACACCAGGACUUCUUGCAGCUCGACCUGAGGGCCCUGACCCGCCUCCUUUCCUCGGACCACCUGGUGGUGGCCUCAGAGAUGGACAUCUUCCGGGCUGCGCAGCGGUGGGCAAGGGCUGAGCCCAGCAAGCGGCUUCCGAUGCUGGAGACGCUGCUCGGGUGCGUCCGCUUCCCACUCCUGACCCAGGAGGAGGUCGCCCAGGUGCAGGCGGAGACAGAGCAGCUGGGUCAGCAGCUGGAGGUGCACUGGCAGGACCUGGAUGGAGCAGGGAGGCUGCAGAUGAGUGGGGGGCUCCGCCAGGGCAUGUACCAGGAGAAGAUCAUCUGCAUCAAAGUGCCCCGUUUGAGGGACAUCCUCUCGGUCAGCGAAGACAUGGACUGCUACAUGGAGUGCCUGAAUCCGAUCACUGGAUCUAGGACGAAGCUGCCGGCCCUGGAACUGGUGGCCCUCCCGGGCUGCUCCGUCCUGGACCACAGGGUCUACAUCUCCGGAGGAAAGCAUGCCGAUGGCUCCUAUUCCUGUGCACUGCACGAGUACAAUUCUCCGGCCGACUGCUGGACCCAGCUCCCCGCCAUGUCAACGCCCCGCUCCGUCCACAUGUUCUUAACCUGCAAGCAGAAGCUUUUUGCCCUGAGCGGCUGGAACGAUGCCGGCCCCCUCGCCUCAGCCGAGAGCUUUGAUGUGGCCCAGCAGGUGUGGACCUCCAUUGCCAGCCUGCCCAUCAUCCUGCGCUUUUCUGCCUCUGCGCCGUACAAAAACAAGCUUUACUUGAUCGGCGGUGAUGCUGACUCUGAUGAGGUGGUCUACAAGGGCAUCCUUAUCUACGACACCCAUCUGGAUACCUGGGCGCAGGUGCCGCUUGAGUUUAGUCUGCACGGGGCAGUUGCUGUCCCUAUGGAGGCUGGGAUCUGUGUCAUUGGGGGCUUCUUUUCCAGGAAGGUCACCCAGCCGUACCCGAACCGGAGGUUCAGCCAACUUCUUCCUUGCACCUCAAAAUGUUUCUUCAUGCAGGAAGCUGGCAUCGUAAGCAAAGAGGUCGCCAUCCCUCCCCUGCCUGUGCCACUUGCCUUUGCCGGUGCCACUUUCUUCCAAGGGAAGAUUUACGUGAUCGGCGGAGUUUGUACCUCCAGAACCCACGAUGCCAUCUAUCACUGGCAACCCGGCGAAGCUGCCUGGACCCAGUACCCAGAGAACCUCACCAGUCAAGGAACAAUUGUGCGUAGGGUGCUCAAGUGUGUGACCCUCAAAGUGCCAACGCUCAAGCUGAGGGCCCUCAUGCAAGAGGCCUCGGCAAGCCGGGUGGCUGUGGGGCUAGCAGACCCCCAGAUCUCCUUGGAGAAGAAUGAAAAGGACCACCCUCCUCCUUCUGACCUGGCACCACAGAGACCCUCAAGCGGUGGGGAGCUGUAGGAGCCGAAGACCACCCCCCAGAAGAACUAUUUUCAAGUGAACCCCUCUAGCAUUUAACUCAUUAAAAAUCCACGUGGCCCCUCCAAGCCCCCAGGUUCAGUUUCCUGCCAGAACAGGGAGCGUCAAAGGCUGAGAGGAGAGCUUUCUGCACAGGCUCUGGGCUCCCGUGCUUCCUUUCCUGGGGGGGGGGGAACAGCCCUGGCAGAAACUGGCUCUGCCCAGGAGGAGGGACCCAUUGGGAACCUAGAACCCUUCUCUAUUCCAAGGGCAGGUGGGGUCACAAAGGCCCACUCUGGCAGCCCCAUCAGCCCUUGGGAUAAAAGCACCACCAGGCCCGUGGAGAGCCAGCAGAGACUCCGGGAACAGAGCUCAGAGGCCCGUCAGGCUGAGUUGAGUGGCGGUUUAAGUCGCCUGCCUUGGAAGCAGGAAGAAUCUGGGCUGCUGCAGGGGGGGAGGGUCCGCUGCAGAGAAGAGCAGAGGCCUGGAAUGGAAGCAGGAUCCUCAGUCGCUGAUGGCCAUGAAAUAUUUAUCCCCUCCACAUCUGUUCUGGAGAAGCACUUAAGCCCCGUCAUGCCAAGAUGACAGAGAAAUAAAAAUAGAAGUGCAUCCCUCGCUUAAAAAGGGGGCUAAGCUGCAAGGUUGAUUGGUUGUCCUGCCUACAAUUCCCCAUUGUGUCAUUCCUAUAAAUCCCCUGACGAUAUUCAGCUCACAUAUUUAGGAAUAUCUGCAUUGAUUUUACUGGCACCAUUGCCCUUCCUCUCCCCCGUUCUUGACUCCCGUUAUCCUCGCUGUUUGUGGCAGGAGGUUCCAAAAUACCAGUCACGAAUGUGGAGGAAUCGUUUUACAGCAUAUAAAUAUAGUAUUAGAAGUACAUCCAGGGACCGAACCAGGGGGAACAAAUAGACACCUGCCUGGACUAAGGCAAAACAGUUCUCAGUGGUGGGCACUCUGCACAUGCUCGGAAAGGCUUGAGCACCCCUGGAUUAGCUUCAGAAUUUUGCCUCCUGGGGUUCAGAUAAUAGUGGGGGGAAAUCAGAUUGAGGGGUGGAGAGAGAAGAGACAGAAUGGAGAAAGGUUUGUGCUGCUCUGAAUGGA